AUGAUCUGCAACGAGUGCGAAAACGACGCCUUUGACGAAGGAGACGACGGGUUUAUCUACUGCCGACGAUGCGGUCUUAUGGCUGAUGAUUUAAUCCAAAUCGGCAGCGACCAAGAGGAUUUCUUCGAUGAAGUUGCAGCAUUUACAGUUAUAACGGGAGGAUAUGGAUCUCGUCGCUUCCGUGACACUGAAAACGGGAGACCGCCGGCUUCGAGAUGGACGAUAGAGAUGUUGCCAAGUGUAGCGGUCGUGGAGAAAGGAGAGUGUGUGAUAUGUUUGGAGGAAUGGGGUAAAGGUGAAGUGGCUGCUGAGUUGCCAUGUAAACACAAGUAUCACUUGGAGUGUGUGAAGAAGUGGUUGAAGAUUCACGCCUCGUGUCCUCAGUGUAGAUACAAGAUGCCUCUUGAAGGUGAAGAAGAAGUGGUGAAGAACGCUGGUACUAGCGUUGAUGUUGGUGUUGAUGAAGAUUUUAUUGACUAUUAUGAUUCUGAUUGA